GUGUGGGCGGGACACACCGGAACUCAGAAGCCGGCAGUUGCCUCCAGUCCGCGUUAGUCACGAAUGAAAUGGCAGGUGUUCUACCUGACGUGUUUGCGGAAGACUCUGGAAGUGAUCGAACAUUUCAUGGCUUUUCUGACAGUGAACUAGAGAAUCUAAGCUUGAAAGAGGAAGAUGAAGCACGGCCUGACCUUUCACCUGAGAAGCAGAAAGCCACACCGAAACCAUCUGCUGGAGCCCGGGCCUUCAGGCUGAGGGUGGCACUCCGCUCCGCUCCCUCCUCCAUCCAGCAGUCCACUGAUGAGGAGGAGGAGGAGGAGGAGGAGGAGGAAGAGGAGGAGGAAGAAAAGAGGGGGGCGAAGAAGGCAGGAAAGCGCGGCGGUCAGGCAGGGAAGGAGAGACGUGUGAAAUUUGAAGACGAAGAGACGCCACUGGCCGGGCCGAGGAGCGGUGAGCCCGGACGUGAUUCAGCAGCAGACGUGUCCGAUUCUUUCCUGGCGAGAAGAGAGCAGAACAUCAGGGCCAACAAAGCGAUGCUGGCUCAGCUGAUGGCAGACCUGCAGAAAAUGCCGGGCGGUGCAGGACUCCUGAAAAAAGAAGCAGGCAAAAAGAAGACAAAAGAGAGAAGCGCUCGUCCACCGCGCUCUGGUGCAGCCGGAGCAGAGUCCAGGCGGAAGUCAGACCGGUCGUCCCGCAGACAGACUCGCUCCAUGGGGGGAGGCGAGGAUCCUUCGGCGCCCAAGGAAGAAGAAGUUGAGCUCAGUUUGGAGGAGGAGCUGCUGGAGGUACGUCGGGCACCACAGCGCCGUGGCGCCCCGCGGCCCAACCAGUCCAAACCUCACUCUGUCCGUCCCGUGGAGGACGUCACAGAGGAUGAGCUCCAGCUGGUCGCAGAAAACAUGACCGAUAAAGUCUACAACAGAGUCACAGGCUCCACAUGUCAUCAGUGCCGUCAGAAGACCAUCGACACGAAGACGUGCUGCCGCAGUGACGCCUGCCGCGGCAUUUUGGGUCAGUUCUGUGGGCCGUGCCUCAGGAACAGAUACGGGGAGGACGUCAAGAAGGCGCUGCUGGAUCCGGAGUGGAAGUGCCCUCCCUGUCGAGGCAUUUGCAACUGCAGCUUCUGCCGUCAGCGUGAUGGCCGCUGCCCAACUGGCAUCCUGUUCCCCCUGGCUCAGUACCACGGCUUCUCUGACGUCCACUCCUACCUUAGCAGCCUUCGUAACAAACUGAAGAGUGAGGCGGAGGAGGAGGAGGAGGAUGAUGAGAUCUGAUUUCAACACUGAAGGGAGCUACUGUUCAAACUGUUUUUAUUUACUACUGCGUUCAAGUUUUGAGUCUUCGUUUUAGUUCUAGUAAAACAGACAAAAUGAGAUUUUAAGCCAAUAAAGUAUUGUUUUUUGGUCAA